UGUGUUUCAGUGGGUGUGAAUUAUGGGCCCCUGGUGUCACUAUGCCUGCUCUGGGUUGGGCAUUUCACCUCGCCACUGUAAAUUUAAAAGGGGAAUUAGAAAAGUGGAUUUUGCUGACUCCUGAUUUCAAAGCUAUAGCCUGACCAAGUGCAGACAGCUGGCGGGUCCCCCAUACAGAAGAGUUAGACAGUCCGCAUUUGCAGGAUUUGGGAUUUCGCAAGGGUCUGAACAAGGCUGCUGGCAAAGGAAACGCAUUGUGGAUCACAGAAAAGCCCAGUAGGUCGUUGUUUGCACAUUUAGUCUACGCACUCUUUCUCUCCCAGUAAAAAAAAAACCUUUUCUAGUUGACUGGGCGUUUUGGACGCGCUCGGUAAACGGUGAUGCUACGGCGACGCGCAGGAACCGUAGAGGGAAGAGACAGGUGAGGUGCGGCUGGCGAUCUGCUGUUAUUUCAGAGAAGCUUUGGAUACCGAGAGCCGUGGGAUCCAUCACCCUUUUCUCCACAGAGAGGCAGAAGAGCGACCGGAAAGGGCGAGUAUAGGCGACUGGCACCUGCCUCAGCCUCCCUACCUGGCCAUCUGGUGCGUGCAUGUGUGCUGCUGCCAUGGCUACCGUGGCUCCUCCCCUCACAUUUCUCCUGCUGCUGCUUCAACUGGCUGAUGGCUCGUUCCCAGAGGAACCCAGUCCACUCAGCUACGUCCCCGUAGAGGUGGUGAGGAGGUACCCAGUGUUCUUGGGCAGAGCUCAUCGUUCAGCUCAGAGACAGGAGCUGCACAUCCAGACGGUCCUUCAAGUCAACCGCACACUCUACAUAGGAGCCAGGGAUGACCUGUACAGAGUGGAGCUGGAUAACAUGGCAGGUGAUGAGAUGUUCUACAGCAAGAAGCGGACGUGGGAAUCCAAUAAGAACGACAUUCGAGUAUGUCGGAUGAAGGGCAAACAUGAGGGAGAGUGCCGUAAUUUCAUCAAAGUUCUUCUCAACCAGCAUGAUGGCUUGUUUGUAUGUGGAACAAACGCGUUCAACCCGCUGUGUGCCAACUACACUAGAGACACUCUAGAAAUGGUGGGAGAGCCAGUCAGCGGGAUGGCACGAUGUCCAUACGAUCCAAGGCAUGCCAAUGUGGCAUUAUUUGCAGAUGGAAGUCUCUUUACUGGCACUGUGACAGAUUUCCUGGCCAUUGAUGCGGUGAUCUAUCGAAGCCUUGGUGACAGCCCCGCCCUCCGCACGGUCAAGCAUGACUCCAAAUGGUUCAGAGAGCCAUAUUUUGUGAGCGCCAUGGAGUGGGGGGCUCAUAUUUAUUUUUUCUUCAGGGAGAUGGCCAUGGAGUUUCAUCAUCUAGAGAAGGUGAUGGUGUCCCGUGUUGCCCGUGUAUGUAAAGCAGACCUCGGCGGCUCUCAGCGCGUCCUCGAGAAACAGUGGACUACAUUUCUAAAGGCGCGGCUCAACUGCUCCGUCCCAGGAGACUCACACUUUUACUUCAACCUCUUACAUGCCACAAGCAAUAUCAUCCGCAUGCAGGGGCGAGAUGUCAUUCUGGGUCUUUUCUCCACACCGCCUAACAGCAUCCCUGGCUCUGCAGUGUGUGUGUUCGACAUGCAGCAGCUGGCUCAUGUCUUUGAGGGUCGAUUUAAAGAGCAGAAAUCCCCAGAGUCUAUUUGGACUCCUGUGCCGGACGAAGCGGUGCCGAAACCCAGACCAGGGGGAUGUGCAGUGCAGGGAUCCAGGUUUAGCUCCUCUACCACGCUGCCAGAUGAGGUGCUGAACUUUGUGAAGACCCAUCCUCUGAUGGAUGAGACUGUUCCCCUGCUGGGACAUAGACCUUGGGUGGUCAAGACUAUGGGACGAUACCAGCUGACAUCCAUGGUGGUGGACACAGAGGCCGGACCACACAAGAACCGCACAGUCUUGUUCCUGGGCUCGACCAGAGGAACCAUCCUCAAGUUCUUAAUGGUUCCCAGUGGAGAUUCUGUCUCCCAUAGCAGUGUGUUUCUGGAGGAAGUGGAGGGAUUCAACCCAGAGAAGUGUGGUGAAGACUCUCCUCAGGCUCGUCAGCUCUUGUCUCUCUCGCUGGACCGGACCAGCCACACUCUGCUGCUGGCCUUCCCCUCAUGUUUGGUCCGAGUGCCCACAUCUCGCUGCCACCUACACUCACGCUGCAUGAAGUGACGGACUUUUCUAGCCUCUAGGGAUCCUUACUGCGGCUGGACCAGAGGCAGCACCUGCUCCUUCCUGAGACCAGGCACACGGCUGCCUUUUCAACAAGAUGUGGAGUAUGGAAACACCACUUCCCAUCUAGGAGACUGUGAUGGAAUUCUGCAGCAGAGCCUGUUGAUUGAACCAGAGAGCCUGGUCUCCCUCAACCUGCUUGUGGCAUCUGCAGUCUCAGCGUUCACCAUUGGAGCGGCGCUCUCAGGCUUUGCCGUGUGUUGGCUCAUGGCCCACAAGCCCACUAACCGUCGCCAUGGCAACGCUUCUCAGUCCUCUAUCCAGCGGCGUGACAGAGGCUUACUGAGUAACGGCGCCGGGAUGGGAGGCUCUGUGCUUAGUGUGACCCGGCAGGGAGGUGGGGAGCGUACCUGCUCUCAGGGUGGGGAGACCCUGUUCGUCAUGCCUAAUGGCUGGGUGAAGUCAGGAGAGCUUGACCCUGGUUUCCUCCCCACCCCGGAGCACACACCCCAGCAGAAACGCAGAGGUUUGCGGCUGUCGGACUCCAACUCUGGAGGGUGGGACACCAGCCAGACGUACCUGGGGGGAGGCUCUGUGGGUCUGGGUUCACCCUGCCGCAUGCCCCCCUCUGUCUACCUGACCACCAGACUGUUCCAGCAGGGUGGAGGUGGGAGGCACAGUGGUGAGGGUCGAGGGAAUGACACGCCACGUCAGCACUAUGUCUGCCUGAGCAAGCAAGAAAAAGGAGGGAAGGGGACGCCCAAAGCCCCCCUCAGGAAGUCUGCAGGAGAAUAUGUAUACCCCAUGACCCCCCAGGACUCACCUGAGCGUCGGAGGGUGGUCUCAGCACCCAGUGCCCCCAUGGAGUAUGGCGAGCCGUUGCCUUUGCGCUGGCCAGCCCAGGAAGGCUACAUCCUUAGCAGCCACGGCAUGGUCCCUGUCCCCUUGCCUCCACCCUCCAUGCCCACCCCCAGUAGCCAAACAUAUGUGUCCCAGCAACACACUCCUGGGCUGAGCAGGGCUCUGCUGAGAGGAGUCCUGGAGCGGGGAGAGCUGGGUGAGCUGGUGGAUCUCAGCCAGCUGAUGAGUAAGAAGAACUGCAGUGAUAGGACUCAGACUGGUCAGUGACUGUUAAGGAAAUGAAGGAGACAAGAGUCUUUCCAUGUCCAGAGCUCUGCAUUUUAUUUACAUGGAUCUCUGUUUCCACUCCAUUCUGUCUAUUCCACUCUCCCUUCCCUUGAUUUUUUCCUACAUCUUUAUUCCAUUGUCAUUCAGCCCCUCUGAUUCCCUCUGUCAGUCUCUCAGGCACCCCCCCACC